AUGUUCGCAUUCUGACCACUUCGAACCUGCUCGUCUCUUCACUCGGCAGCCUCUGACUCUCCUGUUACAGGAACCCAUGUCCCUGCUGACGUAAUGAUCUGGAGAAGCCUAGCACCUUGUGUCGUGAUUGGCCGGCACCAGUGCGUCUGGCAGGAGACGAAUCCUCAGGAGCUAGCUCAUCGUGGUUGGUCGCUGGCACGACGAGCCUCGGGAGGUGGUGCUGUCUUCCACGAUGCUGGCAACAUAAACGUCACCUUUAUGGAAGCCCGGCGCAGCCUUGAUCGGACUGCCUGCAAUCGCUUCUUGGCUGACUUGCUCACCAGUAGAUGGCCGUACUUGGACGUGCGUGUUGGUUCCCGAUACGAUAUGUGGCUUGCACGAUCGAAAGAGUCGGACCAUUCUGAUGUAAAUUAG